AUGCAUCAGCACCCACGAUCACCUGCGGUGCCUUCAUCGGCACCCAGGCUCCCAUCCAUCCCGCCCGCUCGGGACGAUCUGAAAGAGCACGACUCCGUGCCACCUUCGCCUUCUACAGAUAUGAGAACAAAUUCCGCUCGGGGCCUAGGCAUCGAUGCCAGUGCCGACACCAACGGACAGACGAGAGAAGCAGCACUGCGGAAAGAGGCCAUCACCAAGUUGAAUCAGAUCAUCUCGAAUUACCAUACGAAGGCCGCUUUGAUAAUCUUGCAUUCACGCGUAGAGCUGCCGGCAAGCUUCAAUAAGGGCUCUGAUAGCCCGAGAAUUAACCGCUGGUUUAACGUCGAAGUGGAAGAUACAGAUGCUCUACGGGAGCCGCUUUGGACUUGGAGGUCAUGCAACGCCACGGAGAAGCGACCGCCACCCCUCAUCAUCGAAACGUUCCUUGACGGCAAGGGCCUUACGAAUAACCAGAGCUUGGUGAUUCUGGACGAGAAUGGUAAACGAUGGGAUGUACAGGAGACACUUGCGGCAUCAAGAGGUGCCCGUGCAUCUCAAGGACGCCAGUCGGACUCUAAUGAAAUCAUCUUGGAACGAUGGAGAAUCGAGUUAGGCGAGUCCUCCAGCGGGUUGCCGUCAGAUCUAAGCUCCAUCUUGCCGACUGUGUAUAAGAAAAGCAUUGUCCUUUUCCGCUCCUUAUUCACCUAUUCUAAAUUCCUACCUGCGUGGAAGUUCUCUAGGCGCAAUACGAAGGUUCGUCGGAGCCCGGCACUACAGCUCAGAUAUCGUGUUAUAGAUGGGAGCACUAUACGCAGUGACUUGGCGGGUGAUCGGUUGACGACGCCGUUACAUGAGGGGUCUGAGAAAGUGGUCGACACGUACAGUUUUGGCGUGACAGAAUCUCCUGCGGGGCCCUUCACGGUAUCGGUUACGUUUCGAACGAAUUGCGAUUUCCGGGUUGAUGAUUCGGAAGCGCUACUGAGCUCGCGUUUCAUGGGCGCCGACGACGCAAUCUUCCGGCCCUCAUUACCGUCAGAGGAAGUCAGUCGCCAGGGGCCUGAAGUUGGGUCAGUACCGGUAGAGAGAAGGACGAUGGAGAACCCAGACUGCUCGCGUGCAUACGGAAGUCUGUCGACCUUUCACCAAGUCGGGCCGGCUACUGGCGCUAGUCCAAUAUCUGCGUUGCGAGCAGCGCGCGAUUCUGGUGUUGGGUCAUCAUCUCCAUCGGAUUCACCGAAGAAGUUGAUGCCCGCAGCGAAAAUAGCACCCACGGGACGUGCUGCUCAACUUGCAAGUGAAAGUGGCAGUCCCAACUUUGCUCGUCGGCCUUCCGUCUCUUUUCAACCUUUCAAAGCACCUCCUCUCUCUGCAUCACCUGCUCUCGUCGAUACUCCCUUGGGCGUGUCUCCUCGUACUACAUCUGCGCGUCUUUCUAUUGGAACGUCUGCAGACUCGAGGUUUAUGCCGCCUCCCUCCGUUGCAGCUGCCGCUCGUCGAUCUCUUGCUCUUGCCUCUGACCAGACCUCACCUUCUUCGACUUCUGCGUCUCCCAAACCUGCGCCCCUUUCACGCUAUAGUAGCUCAUUCAGCCAUCGUCGAGGCCGACCAUCAUCGGGAGGCAAUCCUCGAACGGAAGAUGACAACUCCAGCGGCAAAGCCAGUGCUGCAUCGUCCAAUGUCCAGCCCGGCUCUGGCCUUCUUGCUGAAGCCACUGGGACUAGCGCGGAAUCGAUGCACGCAGACGAUGAAAACAUCUCAGAGUUCCUGAAGAUGCUUGAUACGAGUAAGGAUCUGAUGACUCGUUCCGCCACCAAUGUCUCGCUCGAAGAAAGUGCUCGUAACGCGACUGCUCCUGCAGCUGCUCUGGCUCGCUUCCGAGGCCUGGUAGGGCCGCACGCCGCCCUCUCAGAUUCUUUGACAUCCUCCAUGCACAUACAUCGAUCUUCUACUUCCUCCAGCAAGCAGCUUUCAGGUGUCCCACCGAUGGUUGCGGGUACCUCUAUAUCUACUGCCUCUUCUCCUGGGAAGCCUAUUUCACCUCAUACGCCCCAUACGCCUGCCAUCCGAUCCCGUCUCAGCUCCAAUAGUGUUGCUGAUGAUAUUGUCGUUGACCACGAACGCCAGCGGGCUGCAGAAAUCGAGCACAAUUCUGCACUUGAUGAGCAUCCCAGCCUCGAAGCCACCCAGCACGCCUCUACUGCAGCUGCCAUUGACAUUCCAACUUCUCCGCGAAUCUUCGAUCCCAGCUAUCGCCGCUCAAGCUCCGCCGCUCAGCACAGAUGUCAUACGGCUAGCGAUGAUGACGAGAUCUUCCCCUUCGCGUCGGAACCUCAGCUCCCUCUACCCAUCGGCACACAGCAGGAGACUGAGUUCGCUCCUGAGAACCAUUCCAAUCACCAGUCAACCUCUAUCGACGCCACUGCUGCCGCCACAAGUAACGCAGGCGCCUACCGUGACGCUUCCUCAUCUCGUGGCGUUUGUCCUACGGCUACAUCCACCUCGUCCACUACCAAUGUCUAUCAGCCUCGGUUCGCUAGCUCGCGCGGUCGUGGUUUCUCCGGUGGUCCUCAAUCGCUUAGUUCUGGCUCCAGCAGCCUGGCCCGAGGCGCAAAUAUCCCACCUCAUCUCAUCGAGCGCGAUGCCGACCGCGACGGCAACGCCAGCGGUAGCAACAGCGGCAAUUCCACUAUCGAGAUCCGGCGCGGACCUGGCAACCGGCCUAGCACCAGCCGAGCCCCGCCAUCUCAGAUCGAAGACGACGAGCCCCUGCUGUUCGCAAUGAGCGAUUUCGGUGCCUCCCGGCGCAGCCUGGAAGAGAAUCGAGGCAAUCACGGUGGCAGUGACUCGGCUGCUGGAUCCCGUCGUGGCAGCGGCCGUCGCGGAGCUGGACUCCCUGGCUUCCAUCCCUGGUCCUAG